AUGAGCACACCCGCCAUCCGCGCCAUCUCUGGGCGAGCAGGAGGCGCUCUCGCCCGCAAUACCACAGCACAACCUUCAUAUGGCCGGACGGCAGCGUAUCGACGGAUAGCAUCACAACUGCGGACAUAUAGUGAAGCGUCGGUUCGGGCGCGGCAAGAUGGCGCUUCGUCGAUCCUACCACCAUUCGCCUUGCGGUCACAUUUCCUUCCACCUUCGAUAUCAGCAUCGAGGGCAGGGUCCGUGCGACAUGUCAGCUUCAAGGAGAUGCGGGAGCAGAGGUUGAGGGAGAAGGCGGCGGGACAGGCAGAGAAGCCAGCUGGCAAAGCAGAGGUGAAACCUGCAGCGGCUGCCGCAGAGCCAGAACCGGCCAAAGCUACUGAACCGGAGGAGACUGAGGCAGACAAGGUGUUUGCUCGCUUCCAAGCGGAGGCUGAGGCUGCAUAUGCAAAGCAACAAAAAGCAGAAGCCAAGCAGCGAGAGGCCGAGGAGAAGGCCAAAGCAAAAGCUGAAGCCGGCGAGGGUGAAGCGGAGGAGGGUGCUGAGGGUGAGCAGAAGGAGAAGAAGAAAGAGGAAGAGGCCGCGCCACCAAAGCAUGGCAACAAGACUCCGUGGCAGGUCUUCACCGAGACGCUACAAGCUGAGUUCAAGGCCAGUAAGGAUUGGCAGGAGGGCACGAAGCAGCUGAGCGGAACGAUGCACGACUUUACCCAGAAUCCAAAUGUUCAGCGAGCGAGGAGUGCAUACGCAAAAGCCGCCGAGACGGCGAGCACAACGACUGGCAAGGUGUUCUUAGGCACGGCAGGUGCCAUUGGAAAAGGUGCUGCUUGGACCUGGGACACUCUACCAGCACGAGCCGCACGAUCGGCGGCGGCUGCUGUUGGGUCCGGUGUAGAGAAGGCAACACGACCCGUGCGAGAGACAGAAGCCUACAAGAGCGUGAAGGAGACAAUCGAUGAUGGCUCAUCACAACGAUACGGUGGUUGGACCGAGAAAGAGGAGCGUCGUAAGAAGCGGGAGGAGCGAGAUCGCAAGAUGGGAUCCACGAGCAAGGCACCCGAAGUGUACGAGGAGAACCCAGAAGCCGGCACAAACGUCACAGUGCACAAAGACUCCGCAUGGAAAGAGGCGUGGAAGAACAUGCGUGAGAACAACCCAGCGAUGCAGCGACUUUUCAAGAUGGGCGACACAUACCGGGAAUCGGAGAACCCACUGAUUAGCACUGCGCGAAGUGUUACAGACCGUAUCGCUGGCUUCUUUGCUGAGAACGAGACCGCCAUGGUCAUCAAGAAGUUCCGUGAAAUGGACCCGAGCUUCCAGCUGGAGCCUUUCUUGAACGAGAUGCGAUCAUAUAUCCUGCCUGAAGUACUGGAAGCGUACGUCAAGGGUGACGUCGAGACCCUCAAGCUUUGGCUAUCCGCUGCGCAAUUCCAGGUCUACCACGCCUUGAUGCAGCAGUACACCACUGCUGGCCUAAAAUCAGACGGCAAAAUCCUUGAUAUCCGUGGUGUGGAUAUAUUGAGCGCACGAAUCCUGGACCCUGGUGAGAUCCCGGUCUUUGUGCUGAUGUGCCGAACGCAGGAGGUGCAUGUGUACAGGAAUAAGAAGAGUGGUGAACUUGCUGCUGGCAUGGAGGACAAAGUCCAGCAGGUGACAUAUGCCAUUGGUGUGACGAGGAUACCUGAGGAAGUUAGUAACCCGGAGACGAGAGGGUGGAGGUUGAUUGAAUUGCAGAAGAGCGCACGGGACUACGUGUGA